AUGAAGAUCAAUUUUCCCAACGAAAUAGCCAAGAACAACGAUCACAUUUUAACGCUCAACGGCGGUUUGGAGGGUAAAUUCGUGUUCAACACGAACGACUGCAUCGGAAAAGGAAAUUACGGGAAAAUUUUCACAGGUAAUCGGACGGCCGCGCGCGCGUCCGCGUCCGCGUUUUAAAACCGAUUCCUGAAACAAACGCGUAAAACGAUCGUUCUUGUCGCACAGGCCGGGACAUGUACACGUACGAAGAAGUGGCGAUUAAAAUGGAACACAUCACGUCAAUGGAGCUGUUCAAGGAACACCGGAAUUACAGAAUAAUAGGCACCGGCCGUAAUUUCGAUUUCGCACAUUAAACUCCACAACGUUAUGGCGCCGCGUUUUCUAUUGCGAACCGCGCGACGUGUCGAAUUCUCGCUCGGCGGGCACGACUUGGUGCGCUGGUGCGCUCGUAACGGUACGCCUGUUGCCGAACUCGAAGCUGACAAGAACGUAAUCCGCGCGGUCUCGCCGUCGGUUUUCUCCGUAGUUUUAAUUUUUUCCGCGAGAUUCGCGUAUUUUUGAAUCGCGGCGGUUCACGCACCACCCGCGUCACCAUAAUAUUGAAACGAACGGCGCGGGCGCGCCCCGCCGAACGGAUAUAUUUCGCCAAGUCGCGCGGUUGUGUUCCGCAAACAACUCGUGCGGGCAUGGCGUAACCCCCUCGAGCCCGACUCGCCGUCCCGGCAAACAAUUUCAAUCCAGUUUUUAACUUUUAACGAAUAUUAUCGAAUGUCGAUAAAAAAAAAAAAAAAAAAAAAAAAAUGUUCGAGUUUUGUUUGUUUACUUGCAGAGAGGUUUCACAAUGUACAUGGGUUUCCGACGAUCUAUUACUUAGGCAAUUUGGGAUUGAAAUAUACGGCUAUGGCUAUGGAACUGUUGGGCCCGUCGUUAAACGAAUUGUUUAUACGCUGUGGAUGCAUUUUUUCACUGAAGACCGUUUUGAUGAUUGCCGAUCAAAUGGUAUGUAAAUAAAUGAUCGGAAAAUUGUCAAUUAUAUUCAAUGAUGCGCUACCGGUAACCCGGUAACCGGCGUUUAGUUUUGCAUAAUCGAUUGGGGGGCGUGCACGUUACAAUUAAACGCCUUACGCAGUCGUCGGGACUCUGGGUAAUUUUUACACGAUUUUCAUUAACUCGCCUUGAGUCGUGUCAUCGCGAGGAUGCGGAGGAUUUUGGUCCCCGCUAAUAAUUUGUAUGUUACAUAUUAUUCAAUCGCGUUAUUAUUAUAUAAAGGCUCGAACGGGGGCGGUUUUCGUCAAGCCCCAAGGGAGAGAGGUGAAACAAAUUGCUUUUAAUAUUAUUAUGACCUACAAAUAUAGUGGCGAACGACUAAGUAAUAGUUUUAUGGUGGCCGACGGGGGACGAUCCACUCAAAAUAACUUUUUAUUUUAUUAUUUUGAACAAUUUGAAGAUAAAGAUUUUAUGGAGUUGAUUUUUUGACAAUUUUUACGUAUCUUUUUUAUUUUCAUUGAAUUCGUGAUUUGUAAUCGAAUUUUAAAGUUCAGAGAAAAAAGACGGAUAUACUUCACACGAAAAAACUAAUUAAAAUCACAAAUUCAAUGAAAAUAAAAAGUUGAAACGUUUUCAACAUUUUCAGACGAAUAAAUUCCAUUAAAUCUUUAAAUUUUCCGAAAAUAAUAGAAUAAAAAGUUAUUAUUUUUUUAUUGUUUUAAAAACGAACCCAAUUAUAUUUUAGUUUUGUUUCACAGAUAACCAGAAUCGAAUUCAUGCACGACUGCAAGUUGGUCCACAGAGACCUGAAACCUGAAAACUUAGCCAUCGGACGUACCCAGCAAACGUUGCCGUACAAAGAAUCUAUGGAAAACACAAUUUACCUGAUAGACUUGGGAAUGGCCAAAGAAUACGUAGACCCGGUAAGCGGAAUGCACAUUCCGUUCAGCAGACAAGCCGGCGUGUUCGGAACGUACCAGUUUAUGAGCGCCAACAGUCAUGAAAACAUCGGUCUGUAUAUAUUUGGGUCUAGGGAUAAUAUCAUUCGCAUAUCACUACGACUGUCCUGUUUUACCUUUUUUUUCGUAACAUCCGUUUCGGUUGUAACAACCGUAAUUUCCGUAACAUAAUCUAUUUCAGUGGCGUAGUGAAGUAAGAUUUUUUGAGGCAACCGUCUCAUGACUAAAAUGAGUGUGGGUGUAUUACUGUCACCAAACAUAUUAACUGCUGAUGAAGAUUGACUAGUUCAGAGAUCAGAGAUGCCCUCCUCAGUUUUGUGUAUUAUACUAUUAGUAUACGAAUAAUGCUAGUCUAUAUUAUGUUAUAUCAAUGCGGUUAAAUAAAGUUUUUCCCGUAAAAAAAUUAUUUAUAGGACCUAUGAAAUCCAAGUUUCGGGUGGGUCCUAGUUUGUUUUUUUUUUGUUUUGUCUCAAAUAUAUAAAAAUGUUCAUCACGCCACUGAUCUAUUCGAUAAUAAUAUUAUCGACGAGAUAUUAUAAAAUAAUACAAUUAGAUGUAGUUGACGACCAAGAGCAAUUGACGUGUAUAUACUUAAGGACUGCAGUUAUCCAGAUGCCUGUGUGAAAAUUUAUUUUCAACCAAACAGUCCAAUAUACUAAUGUACGAUAUUUCGGCAUAGGCAAAUAGACGAUAAUGCGCAAACGACGGACGCCGAUAUGUUAUUAUACUCGGAGAGGAGGUAUCUAUAAUAAUAAUAAUAGUUUUCUUUUUCCGUCUUCUUGUCGGUCCGCAAUUUAUAUUCCUUCUUGAAGCCGGUAAUUCGGCGACCUCGUCAUUUGGUUCCCUGAAUAAGUCGCGCCUCCGGCGUUUCGCGUCUGACAUGAUCCACAUUGUGUAUUAGGCGUUGGUCGUUUUGCUCGUUUCAAAAUUCACAUUCUCGUGUCCGUCGACAUAAUUAUCAUUAGGUUGGCAGUAUUACGAAUAACACCGUAGAAAACAAUAGAUCAUAGACAUCAAAAAAUCGAUUAUUAUUCUAAAUUAUCUAUGAUCGCGAUACCCUAUACAGUUACUGAUAUUAUAAACGCAAAAGUUGGCGACAGCCUUUGAAUGUUUAUGAAUCAACUACGAUAAAACUCGGACCUAUGGAUUUGAAUGCGAUUCGACACACGGAUAGAAUAUGUUAUGGGCCAAUUUUUAUCCCGGUAAUGCUUUCCUGUGAGAUAAUUUUCAACGUUACGCGAGCCAAUAUUAUUAAUCGUAUUUAAAAAAAAAAAAAAACACAUUUUAGUAAAACCGGUACAUUCCUCGCUUCGCUCAGAAUCGAAAAUAGAUAACACAAUAACACAAUAUUUUUUUAUUCUUUCAUCCCGCGGGACGUCUGCUAACCGUAUUGUUUUCAACAGAACAAAGCCGCAAAGACGAUUUGGAAGUUUUGGGGUACAUUCUAUUGUUCUUCGUAAACGGCACGUUGCCCUGGAUAAAAUACUUAGAAAACGAAAAUUCGAUGGACUUGGACAAAUGCGGAGAGAUGAAAAGAACUAUUUCCAUCAAAAACCUUUGCGACGGUCUACCCGGUCAGUAAACCUACGUAUACCAUACGGGGUGAUCAAUCUGUUAAAAGACGCUCAUUAUCUCGGAAAGAAUUAACUUUUUUCGAUAUUCGUUUCAUAGAAAAUUUUAGAGACAAUAAGCUGCUAUGCGAUUUUACAUUUAUGUUAUUUUUCGUCACCCCGAUUUUCGAGAGCGAAAGUACUAUCUGUAGUGUAUUUAAUUUAUCAUAAGCCGGUGUUUAAAUGCGAUACUCGAUAAGGUGCAGGCCGGGCGGCCUUUAUUAUUGUUAUCAUUGUUAUCUGCGGUAUGUGGUAUCGUCACUCGCUCAGCUGCGGUUAAUCGUUGCGCAUUGCCUAUAUUCAUGUUUCAAUAAUACGAUUAUACCGGCUACGUAUCAUUUUAUUAACAUUACUCUCGUCAUUUACGCGUAAUGAGUUCCUACACAGCAGAUACAACAGCUAUCUACUAUUAAUUUUCAAAAUGGCAACCUAUAUUCAAAAUUCCAUAAAUAGAUAGUAGUAAAAAUUUCGGUGUUUUUUUUAUGGGAUUUUUAAUACAGAUCGCAAUUCGAAAAUCAAUAGUAGGUAGUUGUUUCACCCCCAAGAAUUAGAGUGGCGAAAAAUAAUAGAAAUGUCAAACUUUAGAACAGCUUGUUUUUCCUCGAUGUUCUUGAAAACGAAUUUCGAAAAAAGUUAACGCUUUCCGAGAUAAUGAGUGUCUUACGAUAAAUUGAUCAUCCCGUAUAUUUAUCAGUCUACAUAUCCUUAACCGUGCAGAGUUUGGGGUGCGCGAUAUCGUUCUGAUCGGGCGGUUGUUUUUGUUUUAAUUUUAGAAGAGUUUGCGAUCUAUUUCGAUUACGUAAGAAAAAUGGAUUUUUUCGAAGAGCCCGAUUACGAGAGGCUGAGACUUAUGUUUUACACGCUUUACAAGCAAAACGAGUUUCCGGAAGACCAUAUAUUCGACUGGUCGGCGGAAGCAGAUUAA